AUGAUACUAGCCUCGAAUGCUCUGCAUCAUACAGCUGCAGUAGCUUGUCAACCUGUUAGAUCAUUUUGUUCGACAUGUCGUAUUCUUUCUUCAUCUUCAUCCAAUAAUGGUGAAUCUUCUCGUCUACCCAGAACUCGAGCGGGGACAUUGGCGUCCGCAUACGCUUCAACCAAUGUAGAUUUUCCUGACAGAGAAUCAGAACGUCGGCAACCAGUAGCCAGAUCAGGUCAGAAAGGCUUGAUGGAUGAUGAUCGAGGAGGACGUACAUCCAACCCGCUCUCUGACCUCAGGAGAUAUGAUAGGGGUGCAAAGGGGAAAGGAGACGAACGGCCUAGCAGAAUCCGAAGGGAGGUUGACAGUAAUGGGAGACAUAGCUGGAAGGACGAUGUUAAGUUGAAUCUUCCUAUCAACCGUGGGCUGGAACUGUAUCAUACUUCCAAUUCAGCUAUUCCAAAUAGUAAUUUCAAUCAAAAGACCACGUUCAUAGGUUUCGAUUUAAGUACAUCAUUGCCAACGAUCUUUCGUACUAAAAUACCAGUUUACAAGUCUCCUUUGUUCAAUCUACGUGCUAUACCAACAUAUCUAUUACCACCACGUAAACCACCUCCAUUCCCUUUAGAAGGAAAUCAGUCAUGGAAAAAUGAAAGGAGAUGUGUAUACGUAGCUGCUAUCACUAGUAAGAACGCUGUAUCGAAAUUGGCUGUUGAAAGAAAUAGAUCAAGAAGAAGAUGGAAAGCGGCUUUGAAUGUUAUAAUCAAUUCUGAGAAGUCAAUAGUUGGGUUAAAUCAAAUCGGAAGAAACGAUUUAAUCACUCCUGAAUACGCUUAUAUCGCUUCUGUAACAUCGGAAUUACAUGAUGCCCCUUUUGACAAAAUCCAAUCUGAUAUCCUGGAUGGACUGAACUAUAUUCGAAAGUCUCAAACGAGAAGAGGCGUUGAAAGUUUAUCUAAACCCAAAUACAUUCCUAGGAGUAAGAUUGGCGAAGGGUUAGUAGGAUAUGACAAAGCUGUAGAGCAAUUUGUGCGAUGUAUCUAA